AUGAACCGUCAUCCACCCUCUAGCUACGGGGAUGAGCCCCCCGCCUACUUGGAUGAGACGUCUUCAUUCUUAUCCGACGCCGAAUCUCCUUCAGCGGUGUCUCGCAAUGGGCCGACCAUGCGCCUGUUGCCAACCACCGGCAACGAAAGCGAUCUAAGUGGUACCAGUGCUCCUUCAUCCUAUCAGCCAUCCUCCUACCAGCCAUCCUCAUAUCAACCAGACUAUGAUGAAACUACGCCGACCGGCCAGGCGCCUCGGUACGAUGAUCGAUUCUACCAAGUUCCCAGCGCGGUUUCUCCAACGCGCCCAUCUUCCAGUGUGGGAACUAUUCCUAACAUACCGCUUCCCGCUGGUAGUUUAGCGGACACAUCUGUUUACCCGUCUAUUCCUCCGCGUACGGGGUCUCCUACGCGUCCUUGGAGCCCCGGACACGUUCGCCCUCCGUCUGUGUCGAGUGUCGGUUAUGAACGAGCUGAUCUCAAUGGUAGUCCGCGACCGGGUACCCCUAGCUCACGAUAUGGCGGAAGUCCGCGACGACCGUUGCCUCCUGCUCCUCUUUUCUCAGGCCCUGCUCCUUCAAUGGGGGCCGAUACAAGCAUUGAUAUUGGAGACGGGGUCGUUGGCGAAGAUCCAUUCGGUGGUGGUGGCCAGACCAUCAACCACGGGUCUCGCGCCAGUGUCCGCUCAUUCAUGAGCGAGUCGACCAUCAUGGGUGACGAAAAAGAUGACAUGGCCAAGGUCAAUCUGGACGAGGAUGACGACGAAGCCAGCAUGAUUGACCCCAACCUUCACUACGGUCCCGCGCCUGACAAGCAGGGCCGCCGGGGCGUUCGCGACACCCAGAUGGUCAAGAAAGAAGUCCAGUUGAUCAAUGGCGAGCUUAUCCUCGAAUGCAAGAUCCCGACCAUUCUACACAGUUUCCUGCCGCGUCGUGAUGACCGCGAAUUCACCCAUAUGCGAUACACUGCCGUGACGUCUGACCCGGAUGAGUUCACCAACCGAGGAUACAAGCUUCGCCAGCAGAUUGGUAGUACGACACGCGAGACUGAACUGUUUGUCUGUAUCACGAUGUACAACGAAGACGAGAUCGGCUUCACCCUCCCGUACCUGGGCAAGGAUGGCUGGAAGAAAAUUGUUGUUUGCAUUAUUGCCGAUGGUCGUAAAAAGGUCCACCCGCGAACCCUGAAUGCUCUCGCGGCUUUGGGUGUUUAUCAAGAGGGCAUUGCCAAGAACAUUGUCAAUCAGAAGCCUGUCACUGCACACGUCUAUGAGUACACUACCCAGGUGUCGCUCGAUGCGGACCUCAAGUUCAAGGGCGCUGAGAAGGGCAUUGUGCCCUGCCAGGUCAUCUUCUGUUUGAAAGAGCAGAAUCAGAAGAAGCUCAACUCUCACCGUUGGUUCUUCAAUGCCUUUGGUCGCGCCCUACAGCCCAACAUUUGCAUUUUGCUUGAUGUUGGUACCAAACCCGAGCCAGAUGCUUUGUACCACCUGUGGAAGGCAUUCGACCAGGACUCCAACGUUGCUGGUGCAGCCGGUGAGAUUAAGGCUGGAAAAGGAAAGCACUGGCUUGGUCUAUUCAACCCGCUUGUUGCCAGUCAGAACUUUGAGUACAAGAUGUCUAAUAUUCUUGACAAACCCUUGGAAUCGGUCUUUGGUUACAUUACUGUGUUGCCUGGUGCUCUCAGUGCUUACCGUUUCUUCGCAUUGCAGAACGAUGCCGAUGGUCACGGCCCACUCAAUCAGUACUUCAAGGGUGAGACUUUGCAUGGCCAGGAUGCCGAUGUCUUCACUGCCAACAUGUACUUGGCUGAAGAUCGUAUUCUUUGCUGGGAGUUGGUUGCUAAACGAGAAGAAAGAUGGGUUUUGAAAUUCGUCAAGAGCGCGGUUGGAGAGACCGACGUGCCUGACACUGUGCCCGAGUUUAUUUCGCAACGUCGUCGUUGGCUGAACGGCGCCUUCUUCGCUGCCGUGUACUCCAUGUUCAACGCCAAACAGAUUUGGAAGACAGACCACACUUUCGCUCGCAAGGUUCUCUUGCAUAUUGAGUUCGUGUACCAGACCCUCAACCUGCUGUUCACUUAUUUCGGUCUCGCCAACUUCUACCUCGCUUUCUACUUCAUUGCUGGUUCACUCACCGACAAAAAGCUUGAUCCCUUCGGCCACAACAUGGGCAAGUACAUCUUCAUCGUCCUCCGUUAUGCCAUAGUCUUGGUUAUGUGUUUGCAAUUUGUCAUCUCCCUCGGUAACCGGCCUCAAGGUGCCAAAAACCUCUACCUGGCUGGCAUCAUAAUCUACGCCAUCGUCAUGUUCUACACAGUUUUCUGUGCCCUUUACCUCGUGGUGAUAGAACUCUUAUCUCGCGCCGGCGUAGGCGACUACAGUCUUGACGUCUCCAGCUCUCUAUUGAUGAACAUUGUCCUGUCCAUGUUGUCAACAGUUGGCCUCUACUUCUACACCUCCUUCCUCUACCUCGAUCCCUGGCAUAUGUUUACCUCAUCCAUCCAAUAUUUCCUCCUCAUGCCAUCCUAUAUCUGCAUCCUCCAAGUCUACGCUUUCUGCAACCUCCACGACGUAACCUGGGGCACAAAGGGAGACAACGUCCUACACACAGAUCUCGGCACCGCCAAAGUCAUCAAUGGCACGACCGUCCUCAUGGAAAUGCCCUCCGAACAACUCGACAUCGACUCAGGCUACGACGCCGCCCUCCGCAACCUCCGUGAUCGCCUCGAGGUCCCUGAACCUCCUGUCGCCGAAUCGCAGUUGCAGGAAGACUACUACCGCGCCGUGCGCACGUACAUGGUUUCCAUCUGGAUGGUCGCAAAUGUAAUUCUCGGCAUGGCCGUUUCAGAAGUCUACGGCAUCGAUGCAGGUGGUACGAAUAUCUACCUCGCUAUCAUCCUCUGGUCUGUUGCUGUCCUUGCUGCUGUUCGUGCAAUUGGAUCCACGACAUAUGCUAUCCUGAAUUUGAUUCACAAGAUUGUUGAAGGCAAGACCAAGUUCGACGCGGGCAAUAUGACGAACUUUGCGCCUUCAUCUUUCGGUGGAAGUUCCACAGGUACUUCGUCCGAAUCAGGUGGCUCUUCAAAGCCAAUUCGGUAUUCCGGAAAACCUUCCUUCAAGGAUCGUAUUGCUGAGACGAAAUGGGCUGCCAGUAGGACUAUGGGGAAGGCUAUGUUUUGGCGCAAAUAA